AUGUCCCGCGAAAAAAUUAUGUCCCGCUUCAACGCUAAAAAUCGCGAGGAACGUAGACACUUCAACAACACUUCAACACAACAUUUUCCAUCAAACAUUGACCUACAUGAGAAAGGCGCGCGGAUUUGUAUGCCGGCCGAAGAAGAAGUUAUCGUACCUAUCGGAAUCAAAGAGAUGUAUACAAGAAUCUGUGAAAAUCGACUAUCCGUAACUGUGAUCGAAGCUAUUCUUGCCGAUAGAAAAGCUAUUCUUCUAAUGAUUAUUGUGCUCGGAAAGCAAAUUAUAGCGUCUUGGUUUUCCGAAAAGAUAAUUAGAUAUAAAGUUGUUACUGUUUCCGAAUCCGGUUAUACGAACGAUAAGAUUAUUAUAAAGUGGCUUAAGCACUUUAUUAAGCAUACCGAUCAAAGACCCGAUAAACCGUGGAUGAUAUUAUUACUUGAUGCUUCGAAGCUGAAUAUACUAUCUUAUCGUUUAUGCGAGACCUUCUUUAAAUUCGCGAGCAAACCUUUACAACUCGGAAUAUCAAACACGCUUUUCGAAAUGCAAGAAUGUGGCCGAUCAGCUUUUCUCAAAUUCAACGCAAAUUAA